AUGACGGCCGUGGGCGACGCAGCCGCGGACAAGGACGUCCCGCCGGAGCAGCCUCCCGUCGGCGACACGACCGACACAGAGGUCGACACCACAAACGACAUGGCCACGGACAUGGAUGCGUCUGCCGCUGUUGGUGCCGAUGCGGAGAAGGCUGCCGCCGCGAAGCCAUCCGAUGCAGACAUUGACUGGGACCGGCACCCCGAGAACCCGCGCAACUGGCCGGCGUGGAGAAAGGGAUUGUUGAUAACGUCCAUCUCGUCCAUGGGCUUCGUCACCUCCGUCGCCACCUCCAUCAUGAGUCCCGCCCGAGUCCAGCUCAUGAACGAGUUCAACGUCGGCAGCACCACCGCCCUCGUGCCCCUCGCCAUGUACGUCUUCGCGCUCGGCUUCGGCCCCGUCAUGGGCGGCCCGCUGUCCGAGACCUUUGGCCGCCGGCCCAUCUACCUCUACGGCAUGCCGCUCGGCGCGCUCUUCACCCUCGGCGCCGGCUUCACGCAUAACUUUGGCGCGCUGUGCUUCCUGCGCUUCAUGGCCGGCUUCUGCUGGGCGCCGCUGCUCGCUGUUCCGUCGGCGACCAUCUCGGAGACGUUUGCCCCCAAGACGAGGGGGCCAGUGUCCGCCAUCUUUAUCCUGACGCCGUUUCUGGGCCCUGGACUUGGACCCGUCAUCGGCUCGUUCCUCGUUAGCCGCAAGGACUGGCGCUGGACGCAGUGGACCCUGCUCUUCAUGGCCAUCUUCUGCAUGAUCCAGACGCCCUUCAACGGCGAGACCUUUGCGCCCAUCAUCCAGCGCCGCAUCGCCAAGAGACGGGGUGAGCAGGUGCCGCCAAAGACGCCCCUGACGGCACGGCUGGGCACGUUUGCGCGCGUGGGUCUCAUCCGCCCGCUACACAUGCUCUUCGCGGAACCCAUCGUCACGUUUCUGUGCCUGUACGUGGCGGUCAACUUUGGCAUUCUCUUUAGCUUCUUCGCCGCGGUACCGUACACAUUCACGCUCGUGUACGGCUUCGACCUUGAGCACUCGGGCCUCGUCUUCCUGUCUAUCGUCGUCGGGUGCUUCCUGGGCCUCCUCACCAUCCUGCUAUGCGACAUUCUGAUCUACCGCCCGAGGACGGCACGCCACCCACUCAAGCGGAUCCCGCCAGAGAACCGCCUCUACCCCAUGAUGAUUUCCUGUUUCGGCCUGCCCAUCGGCCUGUUCUGGUUUGCAUGGACUGCGCGCUCCGGCGUGUCAUGGGCGAGUCCGACCGUCGCCAUCGUCCCCUUUGCGUGGGGCAACCUGUGCGUCUUUGUCAGUGCCAUCCAGUACAAGGCGGACACGUACCACGGCAGCGUGAUUGCGAGCGCCGUGAGCGCAAACAACCUGGCGCGAUACGGCUUCGCCGGAGCCUUUCCCCUAUUUACGAUUCAGAUGUACAAGGCACUGGGCAUAGACUGGGCCACGAGCCUACUGGGGUUUGUCUCCAUCGCUCUGCUGCCGAUCCCUUGGGUGCUGUUCAAGUUUGGCCCCAGGAUCCGGGCAAAGAGCAAGUAUGAGACGAUGAGCUACGAAUAG